AUUUGUCACGUAGACCUGUCACAAGUCAUCUUGUCACGUUCGCAGCCGUCUUUCCGCCGACAUCUUGAACUGCGUGAAACACGCGUUUUUCGGGUGUACGAGUAUUUUAAUUCCGGAGCAAGAUGAAAUUGAACAAGCACGUUUCCUCCUCUCGUCGUAAGAGCCGCAAACGCCACUUCCAGGCCCCGUCGCACAUUCGCAGGAAGCUUAUGGCGGCUCCCCUGUCGAAGGAACUCAAACAGAAGCACAAUGUGCGUUCCAUGCCCAUCCGCAAGGACGAUGAGGUGCAGGUUGUACGCGGUCACUACAAAGGCAACCAGGUUGGCAAGGUAGUGCAGGUGUACCGCAAGAAGUUCGUCGUAUACAUCGAGCGCAUUCAGCGCGAGAAGGCUAACGGUUCGAAUGUGUACGUCGGUGUUCACCCAUCCAAGUGCGUGAUCGUCAAGCUGAAGAUGGACAAGGAUCGCAAGAAGAUUCUGGACCGCCGUGCGAAGGGACGUCUGGCUGCGCUCAACAAGGACAAGGGCAAGUACACCGAGGAAACGGCUACAACCGCCUCCGCAAUGGAAACUGCCGCGUAGGUUGAUUAUAAACAAAGUCGCUUGAUUGCUGCGGUUCUCGCCGGGCCGACCGUAUCCGGCCACACAGAAUAAAAACGUUGUGUACGGUGAACAGGAGAAUAAAAAAAGUGAGGAGAGAAAGUUA